UAGUUGAGGCACAUUCUGAUCAUACUGGUUCAGACAGAACACGCCCGCCGCAUCUGACUGAAGACAACCGUCCUAACCACCACGUACUCCAGAUCCACAGCCACCAGGUGAAACUCGGUCACUUUUCACUGAUGUUUAUAUCCGAAGAUGUGUCAGCCUGAGUGAACUUCCAGCUGAAGAGUUUGAGCAACCUAGUGUUUUUAAUUUGUCUGUUUCAGAGGUCUGGUUGAAAAAUGGAGCAGGAAGCAGAGAGUGUGGUGGAGCUGAAGACCAAGCAGCAGUCCGAAACUCUCCUCUACACCUACUUUCAGGGAGACAUUAACAGCAAGGUGGACGAACACUUCUCUCGAGCGCUGAGAAAGGUCACCAAACCGAAGGGAGACAGCAGUAAAAACAAGAGAACCCGCAAAUCUGCCAAAACCGAGCAGCCAAGCUCCAGCAGCUGGGAUGUGUCUUCACUUCCACACAUUGAAUCCUCGUAUGCUCCACGACGGAUUCAGCUUGGCAGACACGAACAGCCACAAACAAACCCUCGUCUGCCACCGAUUUCUCCUGCAGAGAGCUCCACCAUAUGGCCUGAAGGUCCCCGGCAGGGUGCCAGCUUGGUGCUGCCUCCCAUGAUGUAUCCCUCUGCUGCGUCAGCUGAUGGUUUGGUGGUGCCUGACCAACAGUACAGUAAUUCCCUAUUACACCUGCUCCACAGUGACCGCCCUGAGUUGGGCACUGUCAUGGUCGGCUCCUCUAAACAGGAGUUUAUGCCAGGCUGGACGAGACAUCCAGGAUUUGAAGAUCAGAUGAUGCCCCAUCACAGCCUUGACUCCGGUAUGCAGAUGAUGGAGAAGAAGGAUUUGUAUUGGUAUUAGAGGAGGACUGCUGCUGUUUUCUUAGAGCGUGCUGUUGAAAAGACACUGCCUCUCAAGAACAAGGAAGUGCUGCCUCUCUUUUAGCUUUUACCGAUUUAAUGAGUUCAGAACCCUGCAAUGCUUCACCUGGGAGCUCCUACGCAUGUUGAAAAAGCACAUGUGCAGACUAACCUGUUCAGGAACUGGCUCGUCACGUACUACAGCACUGCGAGUUGUAAAGGAUGUCCCUCAGGCUAUGUGGGGGAAACUGGAGGACGGUGUGCAGCUCUUCAGUGUGGAUGUAGGCAGCACAUUUCAAAAGACUUCCACAACAGCAAGCAGAAACUCCAACAGUGCGACAGUUCAUUGAACCUAUCUCAGAGACAUUCACUUGUUAGGCUUUCAGUUAAAAGACCCAAUCACACUGCAAAAACAAUAUACUGGCAAAUUAAAGCAUCUAAAAAGUAUUUAAUAUGUCUAAUUCAAUAUGUCUAAUAUUUCUCAUUAUGAGAUCUUAUCAUAUAAAAUAGUAAAAAGUACAUUUUUAACAAGUAUUUAAUCACAAUAAUUCUUCAGUAAAGUACAAAUCUUCCCAAAUAAUACUCAAGUUCUAGUAACAAAGUACAAUUACACACAGUACAGUGUUUUCCACCUCUGGAAAUGUUAGAUAUAACGCCUACAUUUGAGAUGCUUUCACUUGCCAUACAUACAUACAUAACUAAUAUAUAAUUAACUUCAAAAAGCUAGUGCCCAGGCUGCCUUAAAUUUUUGAGUUAUUUAAACUUCAAUCAAUAAGUUGACAUGGCAUAAAACACAGAACAUCAAUCAAUCAAUCAAUCAAUCAAUCAAUCAACCUUUAUUUAACCUCAGAAUACAUUGAGGUAGAUCCUCAUUUACAGUGAGGCUGAGCAAUACAGAAAUCAGGGAUUAAGAUGUUGGGUAGUAAAAAGAAAUCAAAUGGUAUAAUAAAGUAAUAAAAAUCAUAAUAGUAAACUUUAAUAAAAUUAGAAUUACAAUAUAGUAACUUAACAAGUCACAGAUAAGGAUAAAAUAAAUAAAAACAUAAAUUAAUUACAUAAAAAGAAAUAGAAGAUGAAAGACAUUAAAUUGACAAUAAUAAAAUUAAUAAAAAGAAUACAAAGAAUAAUAAAAAAGUAAAACAAUAGCUAAGACAUAGCUAAAACAUACUGAAAUUCAUAUUAAAAGUUAAGUAAAAUCAAAUAAAGCAGUUGCAGGCUGUGUGGAGGUGGUUAGAGACUAAAAGUUUAAAAUGUUCAUGUGACACCAGAGAGCAAAGUUUUAGAGUUUCCUGUAAUGAAUUCCAGCACUGUAGCUAAAAGCAAAUCUUCCCAGCUCAGAAAAAGCGCUCGGCACCUGAAGGGUAAUCCAGUCACUAGAACGAGUCUGAUAAACCGCAUUAUUUACACUGAACAUUUCUGUGGUGUACGAUGGCAUAUGGCCAGUAAGUGCUUUUUAAACAUUGCUCUGUUAACUUACUAUUUGAAAAUCAAAUAACUCAAAAUGCAGUUUUAUAUACAGAUAUGUGUGUGUAUGUGUGUGUCUGUGUGUGUGUGUGUGUGUGUGUGUGUGUUUAAAGCCACCCACUCAGAAAAAAACAAAAAAAAAUCUGAUUUAGGUAUCAGUUUGUCCCUAUUUUGAUCUAUUAACCAGCUCUUUCAGUAUGAAGGACAUCUGCAUUUAUUACCAAUCCCUGAUUUAUGUUUAUACUGUUCCCCUGUUGUUUAACUGCUGCAAAUCUUGUGAGUGUUGUCAAAAUGAAAGUAAACGCUGAUGGAGCUUCAGUAAACAUGGAAAUUCAGAGACAUUCACUUGACAGGACUUGGUUUGAUUUUAUAGUCUGACAAGACAUCUGAACUACUGUUUGCAGUUGUGCUGUAAUGUGAUUUUUGUUGGAGCACAUACUGAGCAUUGCAUUAUUGUAUAAUGUGUAAUGUAACCAGAAAACAAUGUCCAAAUUAUCCAGACACCUUCAGCAGAAGAAUAAAGGCUGUUACCGCAGCAAACUACCUAUUUAUCCCAUGAAGAGGGAUUCAGAAGAACUGUCAGAUAAAUAGGUGUCUACAAACUUUUGACAUAUAAUGUAUAUGGUUUAGGGAUAAAAUGCGAGUUUGUAGGAUUCUGUAUAAAUUACAUA